AUGUAUAGACCGACCAUAAGAAAUGAAUGGUGGUUGUGUAUCGUGUUAUUCACGCAGGUUAUCCUGACCAUUGCCCUUAAGAUCUAUAUACUCGUGGAAUGGCAGCUAUGGGUUACUCCUACCAUCACACAGGUUCCAGUAGCCUACAUGGUCCCAAUUAAUUUAGGCAUUUUCAUAUUCGCCUCGGUUUACGAGUUCAUCCUCGCCCUGGAUGCGAUCCAUAACAAAAAUAAUGUUCUUCUCUUUUCAAUCUGCAUCUGCGAUGCCUGCAGUUUUGCGUACUCUAUUAUGCAGUACAUUUACAUGAGAGGAGCUAUCACGCAACUCGCUAUGGGUUUCCAACUCUGGUGGCGCAACCUCUGGCCCCAGAUUCAGCCCGCGGAGAUUGUAGUGUCAAUAAUUACAGGAUUGUGCACUCUGCUUCUGUGCUUCGUUGUAUACUAUUUGCAUAGGGAGUAUUCAUGGGUCAUCUACAAGUCUGUUCAUGGCAGCUUGAAAACACGAAUACGUUAUCUAUUCUACGAGAUCUUCCUGGUUCUGAUAAAACUCCUCUUUUACUUCCUGUUGGGCUUCAUCAUCCAAUACAACCUGGUGUAUGUACACUUCAAGGAACCGGAGUAUACUCUCACAAUGCUCCUCAUUCCGGCCUCAUUCAUCGUUAUGCUACUUGGUAUCUGGCUUGUCCAACACGAACGAACCAUUGGCGUUGUUUGUAUCAUUAUAUGCUACCUCGGUCUACUUUUGUAUCUCAUCACCCGCAUCGUCAUUCUUUGUGGGGCUGCCACCGCCGGGAAGGACAUAAUGUUAUUCUUCGCAUCGGUAUCUGUGGUGCUGACUUCUGCAACCAUUGUAUGCGCCAUUGUCUGCAUCAAGAACUUCGACCGAGGCUUCAAAGUCAUCAACCGAUCGAAAAACGGUCAUGCACAAGAGGCAUAUUCCAUUGCCGCCCCACAUUCCCCAGCAGAUCCGUAUCGUUCCCCUUCACGGCUCACACUUGAUUAA